CUGCUCUACACUGAAGCCGCCACUUCUGUUUCUCACAACAGAUUGAAAAUCUUCGAGACCACAACAGCUUUUACUACGAAGUCAACAAAAGGUCCACUUAAGUAGAUUCUACGAAGUGAAGCUACAUCUACAACAUUAUACAGGAUCAACAACAUUAUAAACCAUCUUCAAGAUGUUGAAACUUUCCACCACCUCCUCCCUCGUCCUUCUGCUAGCAUCGGCAGGGGGCACCGCAGAUGGGAUUCGAGUUCGCACUUCGACGGCAGAGAUGCGCAAAGCCCGCAUCGCGGUCCGCGAAGAUAUGGCAGUGAUCGCCCAAAACGAACAGCUUCUGGGAGAGCACGUCGAAUCGUUGUCCUCGGUGUUGGAGGCAGCUAGGGAUUUUUUGAGUUAUGAGGUGAGACGUGAUGUAGUUUGAGGAGGUGUGGUCAGGUCUGUCUAGUUGAGAAAUCUUGAUCACUCAGUUUGCUAGCCAAUGGCAAACCUCGUUUAAUGUGCAGAUAGCCGAAGAUUCUUUGUCUUAGGCCUUCAACACAGAGGACAGUUGUCUUAGGCUUUGAACACAGAGGACAGUCUUCACGCCUUUCCCUUCUAAUCUCUCUCCUCCGAUCCGGAAUCGGAUAUUACCAAGCGCAUGCCUGCCGACGUCAAGGAAGCCUAUCUCAAACUGAAGGAUCAUUCGAAAACGGGCAGCAACUCCGUAGCAAACGUGCUGAAUAGUGUCAUGAGUGGCCCAGCGAUUAUGGUCCCGAUGUUGCAGGGCAUGUACGAGAAAUUCAAAGGUAAUUUGCAUUUUGAUAGAGUAAAUUUUUCUUCUCCAUUGUUCCCAAAGACUUUUAUAUCCUUUUUAGUACUCACUAAGCCGGCUUUGACUUUGAACCUUUUCACCUCACCACCAAGGUGACAUCAAGCGUGCCAACGCCCAGGAGAAGCGUGCUGCUGACCGCGUCCAAAAGCAGGAGGCUGAGUAUGUGGAAUUCCAGAAAGAGGGAAAGACUUUCUUGCUGGCCCAGAAGCAAAAGGUGAUUGACUAUUACUUAUGGAGAUGGGUCGUGUGGAACCACGUAGAAUCGAAUGAAGAAACGAUUCUACGUCAAUUAGUUACAUGAUAGUAGUCAAUUCUUAGAGGAAUAGAUUCAGCGUCAGGGAAGUCUACUUCCUGUUAAAUGCUAGCUUCCAUGUCACCGCUUUCGCCCUUUCCCACCUUUAAUUCCCAAGCGCCAAAAGGAGAUCCAGCACAACCAUUACCGAACUUUGCUAAAGAUGGCCCACAACAUGAUGGGAAGGAUCAAGAAGGUGAAGAACAUGUGCGCCGAUGCCGCAGCUGGCAAGAAGCUGUCCCAGAAGGAACUGCAGGAGUUGAACCUGAUUGCCCCACGAACGGGAGCUGGUGCAGCGAGGGAGAACCUCUAAAGGUGGUUUGCUGGUGAGAACUUGUGAGAAUCUACUUGUUGAAGAGUGGACUAUGGAAGUAGCGAUCUCGACGAUCAUGGGAAGUAAACGCAUAGAACCGUGGAGAGAAAGGCAAGAUGAAUUUUGAAAAGAUUAUUGGUUUUCUAUAUUUUUCAGAAAGAACAACAAGGAAUGAAGCCCGAGUAUGUAGAGUUUUGGAUGUACGGAAUGUCUAAGAACCAGGAUGUUAGACCACCUUUUUUUCCUCGAGAUGAUACACGUUGAUGAAUUGAACAGUUGUUGUUGAAUAUAUUGCGUUCGAAAGGAAUGCGUCCUUCUUUCGUCUCACACACUUGGAUACCUCAAGUUCGUAAGAUUUUUUCACAAACUAUGGCCUUCCGUGGGUGAUCAUGGUUGCGG